CAAAAUAUUUUCUAACUGGUUAGUUGGUGCAAAAUUAUGGUGCCGAGUGCUUUCAAGAUGUAUAUUACAAUAUCAGUACUUCAGUAAUUAGAAAUACGGUUCAACAUUCCAUUAAUUUGUUUAAUCAAGUUAUUGUGAGUGCAUUAAAGCAGCGACGCUCGACUUUUUUGCUCGACAAAGAAGCAACGAGUGUCCUUGAAAGUGAUAAUCUUUUCAUUUGAUAAGUGAAAUCACGCUUACAACCAUGUCUCCUAUAUACGGACAUCCGUCUUAUGAGUUCGAUAGAUUUGAAGAGUAUUCUCAUCCAGAUGAUUACAUGCCGAAUCAGGACCAGACGAAUCUGACGCAAAUGGCUUUCUGGUACAUGAUGGUACUGAUAGCUAUGCUGCUUCUGUGGCUUGUGCUGUUCUUCUGCUUGAGGAUCAUAGCACUGAGACAAAAAACGCGCAAUCCGCAGCAGAGGCGGAUGUACAUGGGAACUCGCGCGAGACCGUCGUUGGGUCCGAGCGAGCCUACUAUCUACGUCAGCCCUUCCAAUUUGCCACCACCGCCCAAAUAUGAAUGUAUGGCACCGCCCAGCUACGAGGAAGUAGUUGGAGUCCAUUACCCUAACUACCAGGUUCAACCUAUCACACAACCCAUCGCGGCGGCGAUGGCACAGAGCUCAAGCAACGAAACAGCGAACAGAAACGAACAGACCGCUACCAGAAACACAGAAGCGCCAGAAACCGUUAUAACAGUAGCAACGGAGCCAACGAGAACGUCCGUUACCGUCGCGCGAUCAUAAGCUAUUAAAGUUAUUUAUUUAAGUCUUCCAGUUGAACUGGCAGGUACUGGCUAUGCAUUUUUAUAUUCUGUGAGAUAAUUACUAGUCCAUCUGCUGUUGUUACUUACAGUAUUGUUAAUUAGGCAUCUUGCACCGUUAAAUAUAAGCUGUUAAUCGACAUUAAAAAUCGCAUCGUUGCCAUUUUGUUAGGAACGAUAACGGCUUUUAAAUUUCGUUUGAACACGCUUUGUUUAUUGGUGCAAAUAUUAUUUUGCCUUAGGUAGCGUAAACGUUGUUAUAACGUUAUUUAAUACCGAUAACGUUUAAAAUCACGUUAUCGACAGUAACGGAUAUGAUUGACAUAAUAUUGUCUGCGAUACUUCAUGUAAAACAUUUUUAUAUUUUUUAAUCUUUACCUCGUUAUAAUCGGUCUUUUUGUGAGGACGCAAGGCUGAUUGUAUUUGUACAAAUGUAUUUAUGAAAAAUAUAAUUAUGAAACUGAAAAUUAUUGUGAAACGACUGGUUUCGGUCAAAUAUUGUAUGUGAAAUAUUUGAUCAAAUCAAUGUCAUAAAUGUAUAUAAUUCUUCGACGUACUUUAUAAUACGUAUUUAAAUGAUUUUUAUUACAAUAAAAUUUAUUUAGUUUAAGGAA